AUACUGUGGGGCCAGUCAUAACAAAACCCCGUCCCCCGGCAGGAGGAACGUUGGAACACGGCUCCGCUCUUCCUUUAGCGUCGCGCCCCGCAAAGGGUUAAGCGGCCGGUUGCUGCCUCCCGCUCUUUGCUAGACGGCGGAGUUUCGAGGAAGGCGACGCGGCGUGUGGCGGCUGCUGCUGCUGCUGUGGCAGCUACUCUCGCUUUCCGGCUCCUUUGGGAAAGACGUUCAACUGCGUUUUGCUUUAGGCCCCGGACUUCGAUCCUUCUCCGGAGAAAUCUGCUGUUGGGGACGGAGGACGAGGGAGCAGAAGAUUUCAAAGCGUACCAGUCGGACUUGGCGUCGCGGGGCGCUGCGAUUGAAAGCCCGGGUGGAGCGAGCGAGCAUCUCCGGGGAAUCGUCUUCUCACGCUCGCUCGGAGCGGUUGUGUGAUUAUGAGGACGAGCUUGGCUCUUGCCAGCUAUGGAACCAAGCCAGGUCUUGGCGGUGAUCCUUAAACCAGUACAAUGCCGGGACUGAGCUGCUUCGCUGUCCACCUUCCUGACCCAGUGGGGUUUGGGUGAGAUCCAACUGCAGACCAGCCGCGCGACCGUCUUCUACACAGGAACAUAUCCAUGGAAAAUUACUUAGUGAAGAUGUACAAUAAUCAGCAUCUGAAUAAAGGAGAAGCAUGAUCUUAGGAAUGUCAUGCUGCACAAAAACUGUCUUUACACUGGAAUAAAUUGCAGUUUGAAAAAUAGCAGUAAAGGAUAGGAUUUCUCAAACUCAGCUUAAAGCUGAAAUGAAUGCUUUUUAGACGGAAGGAACCUGAGUGCACUUUCACUACUAAUACCAGAGUGAAAGGAAAAACUAAUCCAACCAUCCUGUCUGCUGUCAACGUUUGGAACUUCUCAUUGAAGAUUGGCCUUCUGUAUAGGACAUAGUUAUUCUACCAUUUAGCAUACAUGGAGGAAGGCAUCAAAAUGUGUAAACCUGGCUAACAACACACUGAUUUUCAGAAGCAGACUGGAGGACAGUCCAGUUGUAUAAGGAUUAUUUUACAUUUAGUUUCUAGGAAUAUAACAAUCAUCUGCACAGAGGACAGAACACAUCUAAUUUGCUUUAUUUCUUAUUUUUGCUCAACUCUUCCUUCUUUCUUCAGUUAGAAAUGGGCCCGUGGACUACAAUGUGGCCCACGGACAGGUUUACUUUCUUGAAAUCCUGGCUUGUUUUUUUUCUGGGAUUGUAUGUGCAGUUUUCCAAAGCGUUGGCCUGUCCAAGUGUAUGCCGUUGCGACCGAAACUUUGUCUAUUGUAAUGAACGAAGCUUGACCUCAGUGCCUCUUGGAAUACCGGAGGGUGUAACCAUACUCUACCUCCACAAUAACCAAAUUAAUAAUGCUGGAUUUCCUGCAGAACUUCACAAUGUCCAGUCUGUGCACACAGUCUACCUGUAUGGCAACCAGCUAGAUGAGUUCCCUAUGAAUCUCCCCAAGAAUGUCAGGGUUCUCCACCUGCAAGAAAACAACAUCCAGACUAUUUCUCGGGCUGCUCUGGCACAACUCUUGAAACUGGAAGAGCUUCAUCUGGAUGAUAAUUCUAUCUCUACUGUUGGAGUGGAGGAUGGGGCAUUCCGGGAAGCUGUUAGCCUCAAGCUUCUGUUCUUAUCCAAGAAUCACUUAAGCAGUGUACCAGUUGGCCUUCCAAUGGACUUACAAGAACUACGAGUGGAUGAAAAUCGAAUUGCCAUCAUAUCAGACAUGGCCUUUCAAAAUCUCACAAGUUUGGAACGUCUCAUAGUGGAUGGUAAUCUCCUUACAAAUAAAGGCAUUGCAGAUGGCACCUUCAGCCACUUAUCCAAACUUAAGGAAUUCUCUAUAAUAAGGAAUUCAUUGACAUACCCACCUCCUGAUCUUCCAGGUACAAAUCUACUUAGGCUUUAUUUACAGGACAACCAGAUAUCACACAUACCACUUUCAGCCUUUUCAAAUCUUCAUCGCCUGGAACGACUUGAUAUUUCCAACAAUCAACUCCGGAUGCUGUCUAAAGGUGUUUUUGACAAUCUUCACAGCCUGAAACAAUUGACAGCAAGGAAUAAUCCCUGGCUAUGUGAUUGUAGUAUUAAAUGGGUUACUGAAUGGCUCAAAUUAAUUCCUUCCUCCAUAAAUGUCCGAGGAUUCAUGUGUCAGGGACCAGAACAAGUCCGAGGUAUGGCUGUCAGGGAACUCAACAUGAACAUGUUGUCAUGCCCCACAACUACCCCAGAUGUCUCAUUUGUUACCCAUAUUCCCACAACAUCUUUGCCAACCACGAUGGCCCCUACUUCAUCACACUUAACCCCAAGUAAUAAACAAACAAGUAUCCUUCUUGCCCCUACUAUAACCACACUCCCCACUGUGCCUGAAAGGAAUGAUGAAGAAAAAAUGACCUUUCCCACUCUUGAACGAUUUCAGCUGUUUAUCCACGUUGUAAAUGGCACUUGCAUCCAAGUGACCUGGCAUUCCCUCUUUAAUGUGAUGGCCUACAAGCUUACCUGGGUUAAAAUGGGUCAUAGUCUGGAAGGAGGCAUCAUUCAGGAACGGAUAGUUACUGAUAAGAGGCAGAACAUCAGCUUGACAAAUUUAGAGCCCAAAUCUACAUAUCGGAUUUGUUUGGUUCCCUUGGAUGAUUUUAAUAAUUACCGCAUUGGUGAGGACACUGUGUGCUCAGAAGGCACAACCAAGGCUUCCCUAUUAAAUAACGGAAGCAACUCAGCUAGCCACGAACAGACAACUUCUCAUAACCUUGGUUCUCCAUUUCUGUUAGCAGGCUUAAUUGGGGGGGCUGUUGUAUUUGUGCUGGUGGUUCUGCUCAGUAUCUUCUGCUGGCACAUGCACAAAAAAGGACGCUACACCUCUCAGAAGUGGAAAUACAAUCGUGGGCGACGGAAAGAUGACUACUGUGAGGCAGGAACCAAGAAGGACAACUCCAUCCUGGAGAUGACAGAAACCAGCUUUCAGAUUGUCUCCUUAAAUAAUGAUCAGCUCCUUAAAGGAGAUUUCAGAUUGCAGCCUAUAUAUACCCCGAAUGGGGGCAUUAACUAUACGGACUGCCACAUCCCCAACAAUAUGCGAUAUUGCAACAGCAGUGUCUCAGACCUGGAACACUGUCAUACGUGAUAGUGAGGUGUGUGGUGAGGCAAUAUUACCACAAGCAAAAACCCAGAGGGAACAAGCAAAAUUAAUCUACUCACACACAAAUCAACAAAAAUUACAUUUGAUAAAUGUUACGCAAAUGCAUUUGCGCAUUUGAAUACUCUGUAAUUUAUAUGGUGUACUAUAUAAUGGGAUUUAAAAAAAAGUGCUAUCUUUUCUAUUUCAAGUUAAUUGCAAACAGUUUUGUAACUUUUUGCUUUUUAAAUCUUUAAAAUAUAUAUAAAUAUAUAUAUAAAUAUAUAUAUAUAUUGAAGAAGUACUGUACAGGGUUGUACAAUAAGAACCCAAUGCCAUGGCAAAGGAAAUACAAAACAAAAUGCCUCAUUCUUCAAACAUUCAAUACUUUGAUUUUGGAGCUGUUUGGGGGAUUUUGGCUCGUAUAUCCAUUAGUUUAAGAUAAAUUUGUAUUACAAGAGGAAACUAGGAAUGCCUAAGCAGUGUUACAUGAGAGGAAAACAAUUUUAAGUUCUUUGGUGAUCUUUAAAAAAAAUGGAAUAGCAUUUGUAAAAAUUAGAUUGGCCACCUUGCCUGCCUCUGUCCCUUUAGCUCCCUUUAGUCAGAGACUAAAACUAGGAACUCCCUGGAUAUUGGGCUUAACAAGCCUGUAUUCUUCAUUUUGUUAUUAUUAUUUUUUUCAAAAAGUAUAUCACAUCGUUCAUUUCUUUUCAGAAAAGCUGGUAUGGAAUCUAUCAAGGCAUUUGUUAUUAAAUUCUCAUCAAAUUGGGAAAAUGUUUUUUUUUUAAAAAGCAUCUAAACACUUAUUGUUUUCUCCAGAUAUGCAUUUUUGAAUUCCCAGUGAAAUCAUAUUAGGUCAUAAAUUUCAAAAAUUCUAUUAGCAAUCCAGACAGACUUUUGGCAGAAUACAAUCAAUACUUUCUUUCUACAGGUAGUCCUCAACUUAUGACUAUAAUUGAGCCCAAAAUUUCUGUUGUUAAGUGAGUCCGUUGUUAAGUGAAUUUUGCCCCUUUUUACAACCUUUCUUGCCACUGUUGUUAAGUGAAUCACUCCACUUGUUAAGUCAGUCACAUGAUUGCUGAGUAAAUCUGGCUUCCCCAUUGACUUUGCGGCAGCAGUGAAAUCCACUUACCUUCACUACCAGUUUGGGUGCGCUCCUGUGCGGGAGCACACGUGUGCUACGGAUGCGUGCAACUCUGCGCAUGCACAGAUGGUUAAAAAAUGGGACGUAAUGAUGUUCCAGCAGGUGGGCAGAGCUUCCUGCCACCAGCACUACCGGUUUGGCGAGCUGGAUAGAACUGGAGGGAUUUCACCGCUGCUUUGCGGUCUUGUCGACCCAUUUACGAUUACUUGCCAAACUCAGUUUGCCAAAUGCACAACUUGCAUUAUUUCAGGUUAAGGAAAUGUCCUCAACUUUAUCUGAUUCCCUUCCAGAUUAUUUUGUUCAGUUUUAUACCUUUGCAAAAGGACUUCCUGGGAUUGUAAGCUGUACAGUUCUAUUAAUAUGGGAACAUGACAAAAAGAAUACCUACCCUUUUAGUGAUAUAAGAAGAUCAGUUUCCAGGGCAACAUAUGGAACAUCAUAUGUUAUGCAUGGAGAACUUAGUGCAGCUCUUAGUGUUAGACAAAGAUCCACUGAUGGUAGAUUAGUUAACGCUCCCCUCUCCCCAUAUGUAGUCUCUGCAUGAAGUUGAGGACACAACUGUAUGAUGGCUUCAUAUACUGGCAUGACUGGGAUAUUAGCCAAGGGAUAUGAUGUUAGCUGAGAUUAUGGAAUUGUAGUCCACUAAAUGUAGAGAGUACCAGGUUGGAGAAGGCUGGACUAUACUACCCAUAUUUGAUUUGAUUUUUAUUUAUUUUAAUCAAUAAAUUAGUGUGGCCUUCCCUUACACUCUUCUCUAUUUUUUUAAUCUAAUUAAAUUCACUCUCUCCAGUCAUAUGCAGAAUACUUGAGAAUUAAGCACAAUUAUCAACUCAUUCAUUUUUAAAAACAACUAUGUCUCGUCCUCCACAAUUAUAUUGAUUUGAAACAGAUGCUUAAAACUUUUCUAAUAAUCAGAAACUAUCUCAAAAUUAGUCAUUUCAGUAAUAUAUCCUUUAAUUAAAGGCUAACCAAAAAUCAGCUUUGAAAAAAGGAGAACUUAAGGUAUGGAAACGAGAACCAUGGUCAGUAUAUCUUCUCAGUUUACCUAAUAUGUUAUUAAUCACAAAACACACCCACAGAUAUAUUAAUGUUUAGCAACAUUCAGAUGGAUCACUACUUUAUAAGAUAGCAGAGUCCAAUAAUUUCUUAAGGCAGGGGUGAAAUCCAGCAGGUUCUGACAGGUUCUGGAGAACCGGUAGUGGAAAUUUUGAGCAGUUCAGAAAACCGGUAGCAGAAAUUUUGAGUAGUUAAAAGAACUGGCAAAUACCAUCUCUGGCUGGUCCCAGAGUGCGGUGGGAAUGGAGAGUCUGCAAUAUCCUUUCCCCAGGAGCGGGGAGGGAAUGGAGAUUUUGCAGUAUCUUUCCCCUGCAACCCACACCAAGCCACACCAUGCCCACAGAACCGGUAGUAAAAAAAAAUUGGAUUUCACCACUGUCUUAGGGGAUUUGUUCAUUUUGCAAUCAUCCUUCAAUAAUAACAUAAGAAUUUCCAUUGGUAUUUUAGGCAACCUGUGUGAGUACUGUAUCAGUGUAGUUGCUGAAGGUUGCUAACUAAAAGAUUGCCAUAUGGUUUGAAAUGUAUAAUUUUAGCUAGAAAACUAUGCUUCCCCCCACCCCCUUUGACUGAACUGGCUGUUUGUUGACAAAAGAUACUGUUUAAGCAUUAAGAAGAAACACAAAAAGGUAGAAAGAAAAGGCUUUUCUGCAAACAGGAUGUCAUCUAAGUGGAACGAGGAUAACUUCAAGUAAUUAAAAGAAACUAAUUAUUUGCACAUGCCAGAUAAUGGGAUGUCCUCCAAACUGAAUUCUGUUAUAGAGCAUAAAGACUAAAUCUUAUUUCCAGCAUAAGGAAUGCUUCUGAAUUUCAGUUGCUGAGAAUAACAGCUGUUAUUUUUACUUUCUCCUAAUCAGAAUCAUGUACUUGAUGAAAAAUAGUACGGUGGACUAAAUAGGCUUUUUUUGUCUAAUCUAGUUGUUUCUAGUUAUGUUUUUCUAUAUCAUGAACCUAAGUGACACACACACACAUACAUACACUAUCUUAUCAAUAAUAAAAUUGAGAGUCCAAACAGUAGAUCUUGUAUCUGUGUUGCACUAUAUAUGGCAGUCAUUUACAUGAACAAAAGAAAGUAAAUAUGAUGUUCAUCAAUGCCAUCAGGAUUGAAUCUGCUUCAUCCUAGUAAUCUUUGUCAGGAUUUUACUUUUUCCUUUGCAUUCCUGAUUGUUGUCUUGUCAGGAGUACCAUGAUUUUUCACUCAAUAACUAGAAAGAAAUUAUCUCUCUCAUCUUUGAAACAGAAGCUGGUUUCAUUCUAUUCAAAAAGCAUAAACAUUAUUAAGCAGAACACCAGUCAUGGAAGCUAUGACUUAUUCCAAAUGAACAUUUUACAACUAGUUCUUAAACCACUUUUCAAGUUACAUCCAGUGGUGGGAUUCAGCCAGUUUGCACCAGUUCGGGAGACUGGUUAACUUUCCGAGCAGUUUGGCAAACUGAUUGUUGAAAAAAAUCAUUAGGACAGAGAACCGGUUGUUAAAUUACUUGAAUCCCACCACUGGUUACAUCCAGGUUAUAAAGCACAAUUACUGUGUUUAUACAACAUGUGCAAGCCAAACAAUUAUAAGAUGGCUAAAACUUAAGAGACAUGCUAAGAGACAACUCAAAAGUUGAGUUUCCUACAAAUUUCUAAAUGGAAAAUUAUCAAGUUUUGAUCUACCUAUUUUAGAUUAGUCAAAUAUUGUAUAAACCUAGUCAAGGAGACCUAUAACAAUAGUUUAAACAUGUCAGGAUUAACUUUAUUCAUUAUUCAAAAAAUUGUCCUGGAUACAUUUACUGUUUUAUUUUCCAAUUAGGUUCAUGAUGGUGCAUAACUUAAUGUCUUUAGGCAUUUAAUACUUUGUUUAAAGACAGCUAUUCUAUGCAGAAAAUUUACAAGCAAUAAGAUAAGAAAGAUUUGGUGGAAAGCUAGUCAUUCGAUCAUCUGAUGCUUUUGGUAGCAGUGUCAAUACCACUUAGGAUAGUCUGAGGGUCCAAUUCCAAAAUUGUCCUGAUCUAAUUGGGUCAUUUAAAAGAUAGUCUGUUCCAAAGUGGUUUGGUCGACUAAAGAAAAAAGGGUGCUUCAUUGUUCCAUAGAGUGAUAUAGCAAAAAGAAUUGACUAAACUUUUUCAGCAGGAUGGGACAUUUAUAGGCAUAAAAGACCAUUAUGAGAAACUGUUGACCAAUUUCAUAGAAUUAUAGAAAUGUUGAUGGUGGGGAAUGACUUGGCCAAAUUUCAAACAUAUGUAAGUAGAUUUUUUUUCUGCAAAGAAACAGGUAUAAAGCAUAUGACUUUCUAAAAGCAGUGGAGUAGACUAUUAGAAUUUGAGCCAUUAUAUAGGAUUAACUCUCUAUUUCCGAUAAAGUACAUCAGUUUAUGAUAGCUAACUAAUGUCAUGCAAAAUAAAAAUUUCACAAGAGAAUAAGAGACUAGAUAGCUAAUGAUAACAUUAAAGAUUUCUCCCAGUUCCCAUGAGUUUGUUUGACCUGGAUAAAAAUUGCUCAGAUCUUAUAAAAAUAUGAAUAAAGCACUAAUGAUUGCAGAGAAAUAUGUGCAUCUCAAAAAACUUUGAUGUGCAAGUGAAUAGCAUUUGUUAAAGCAUCACUAAAUAGUGAUUUUGUGUCUUCAUUAUUUUUGAAGGGUAAUAUAGAAUUUCUCCAAAUUCAAAUGAUUUUAUGUAGAGAACUGAGCAGGAAAGUUAUUUUAUUAUAUUUAAAAAAUUGUGAUGCUUCUAAUGGGCAAAACAAAGUAAAUAUCAUACAUAUAAGAUCUGGAGGGUAGAAACUUAAUUAUGAAGACAAAGUAGCUGGCUGUUUUGCACAUACACAACGGCUAAUAUUUUUGGAACAAUGCUUAAAAGCAUGUAUUAACUGGUAGCUGAAUGGGAUAAUGCAUAUAUAUAUAUACACACACAUAUAUAUAAAAUUUGUCCUUUCAUCAAUCCAUCCAACCUCUGGAAGUGAUUACAGUCAUUGAAAGAGUUCCAUCUACUCUCCAAAGUUAAACUAUGUUGUACGUACCAAGAGUUUCUUACAAAUGCCACAUAAUCUCAGAAGGUAAGCAAUGUGGGAUCAAUACCUUUAAGCAGUAGUGGGAUUUAAUAAUUUAACAACCGGUUCUCUGCCCUAAUGAUUUCUUCCAACAACCAGUUUGCCAAAUUCUCAGAAAGAUAGUAACCGGUUCUCCCGAAGUGGUGCGAACUGGCUGAAUCCCACCACUGCCUUUAAGGCAAGAUGCCAUCUGAACUUUAAAAAAUUGUGAGUCCAAUGGUGCAUAACUUUUUAAGUUUCAUAUAUCUACUGUAGUAUCUUUAGAAGUAUUCUACGCAGCCAGAAAAUGUCAGGAAAAAAAGUAGGACUGUGCUGUUAGUUCCACCUCGAACAUCAGCAUUCUAUGCCUCCUGGUGCUUUCCUGUUUUGCAGAUAGGGAAAGAAUUCAUUUUAGUACUAAAGGUCAAUGAAAAAAGAACAGCCAGAAGCUCAGAGGGAGUGAAGCGCAUGCUUUGCAGGUGAUAUUAAAGAGGCCUCAGGUUUGCUACUGGAACAGUUUACGGUAGUGUUUUUCAAACUUGGCAACUUUAAAUGUAUGGACCUCAAGUUAGCAAAACACCACUUUGCAACACUGCACUACACUUGCAACAAAAUUUCAGAGAAUGAAAAUAAUAGAAACACAACUCACCCAUUUUUAAAAAGUGCUAAAAUAAAACUGGGUUUUUUUUUUGCUGUUCCCCUUAAUAUCAUUGCUUUGUUGACAGCCUAAUUUUAAGGCUCUUUAGUUCACAUUGUUCUUUAUGAUUGCAAUAGCGAUUUGGAAAGUGGAAGAGAGAGACUAUUCAAAAAUAAAUAAAUAAAUCCUAACCUUUGAAUGCACCCACCUCUUUUCCAAGCUCGGGUUGCUGUUCUGGAAGCUGCUCUCAGUUGUUUCCAUGUGUUAGCGCAUGCAAACCCACUUAACCUUGCUAUUGUAGUUGCAUUAAGGAAGGGAGUAGAAAUGUUUUGUAUAGGUUCCCAUAUGUUCAGAAGCAGUCUUCUGAAAGGUUUGCACAACCUUUGGACAUUAAGAGUGGAUUUCAAGUUGCUAUCUCUUGCCCUGCCUGUCUGUAGCUCCUAGAAUAAUUCAUCCACAAAGUCUGAGUAUAUUCUUCAUCCAAAGAAGACAUUUUUUCAUUGUCACUUCCUCCUGAGCCCCAUAAAAAUGUGGCAGAGUGGCUGAACACAGCAUGUUCGUUCCUAAAUAGCAAUAGCAUUUAGACCUAUAUACCACUCCCUAGUGCUUUACAGCACACACUAAGCAGUUUACAGUGUCGGCAUAUUACCCCCAACAAUUUGGGUCCUCAUUUUACCAAACUCGAAAAGAGGGAAGGCUGAGUUGACCUCGAACCUGUCAGAAUUGAACUCCUGGCAGUGGGCAGAGUUAGCCUGCAAUUCUGCAUUCUAACCACCGCACCACCAAAAUCAUACUACGUCUCAAAGGUAUCUUUAGAAAAGCUGUAGAGGAUUAUUUCAAGACAGAAUAAAAGGAAAGGCCCAAUUGUUGGUUUUACAAGCACACUGCAGGAGUGGGGAAUCCUCACACUGUAGGAUGUAUGCCAUUUCCCAGCUCCAUUUUGUGGCUUCAAAACUCCUUCUCCUACCUACUCACAAACUGAGUUUCCUUAUUUCAGUGGCAGACUGCUAAGAAAGACCCAUGGAUAUUCCACCAUUUUUACUAGAAAAGCAAAUGGUGUCUAAGGGUUCACCUGAAAUAUGAUCUCACCCCAUAUUAAAAAAUUCCAAAUCUGCCUAGUUCAUUAAUGAUAGGAUUUUUCAUGGGUGUGUCUGUGUGUUUAUCUAUAUGUCAUCCAAUCAUCAAAACUGACAGCCUUCUUUGGGGGGGGGGGAAGUUAACAGAUUAAAGUUAUAUAUGUAUUUGCCUUAAUUGCUGGUUCGCACUCAAUGAAAGAACAUACUGUUUGCAAGCAGAACCUCUCAAGUUAAAAUCCUCAGUUAAAGGAUAUGGGUGAUGGGGAAAGUAUUGAGUUUCAGGAGAAACUACACAAGAAAAAAUAAAUCUUGGCCCACAUGAGCUGAUAUUCUCCACAUGAAAGGUGGCUUUGUUUUUUUGUUUUUUGCUUUACCAGGGAGAAAACAUCUGGCUAUCUACAUAUUAUUAAACUUCAGUUCCCAACAUGAGUAAUAAUCAAGGAUGAUGAGCAGCAUUAGCUAUUACACGUUCUGUGUCCUCAUGAUUUUGAUACUGAAAAUUAGAUACUGAAGAAUCUAUUGCAUAGAAGGUGGAGAGCAUCAGUGUCCUAUGGGAGCGUAUAGAGUCAUAUAGUAGAUAAGAUUUCAGAGCUGAGGACAUAUUAAUCGGCUCCUGUUAUUAUCAGAUUGCAAAUGCAAUAGACCGACUUAACCUGAAAUCUCACAUCAACUCUUUCAUCAGCCUUACCAUAGAUUUACCUCAGUUUAGAAAUUAAAGAAAUAAGCAAUAAAAGCAUUAAAUUAUGGCAUGUCCAUGUGUGUGAAAUGAAACCACAAGACAGAUUGGGUUUCCUAUAAUAGUGGGCAUUUUAAUUAAGGUCAUGCAAGCACACACAUACUGGUGAGGCUUGAGAAUUCUGCCUGAGGCCAUUUUAAGAUACUAACCACUACAUAUAGUGAUUCUCUUUAAAGCCCCAUGAAAUAACUUUGGUUGCAUUAUUCCUCAACUGUUUGUAAAAUUGAGUCAGUGUUCUAAAAAGAACUCCACAGGUAAUCCUCCAUUUACAACAGUUCAUUUAGUGAUCAUUCAAAGUUACGUCAUCACUGAAAAAAGUGACUUAGGAGUUAUGACCAUUUUUCACACUCGUAACCGUUGCAGCAUCCCCGUGGUUACAUUCAGACACUUGGCAACUGACUUAUGACCUUUGCAGUGUCUUAGGUUCACGUGAUCCCUUUUUGCUACCUUCUGAUAAGCAACGUCAAUGGAAACGCCAGAUUUCCUGAACAACCGUGAUGCUAACUUAACAACUGCAGUGAUUAACACAUGUCUCACUUAGCAACAGAAAUUGUGGACUCAAUUGUGGUCGUAAGUCGACUACCUGUAGUUUCUAAAAAAACAAAACAGAACAGUAGAAGGCUAAAAAAAUACAUUGUUUCUAAAAUGUAAAAUUUGCAUAACAUUUAUAUUGCAUAAUUUUGGCUGGAUCAUUCUUUACCUGCUCUUCAAGAUACGAAACAUUUCUGAAAAGAAAAUAAAUGUUUCUAAAAUGUCAUUUAUUUUUAUUAUUAUUAUUAUUUUCAUUUCCUUUUUUCAGGACCCAGGAACGAUGUUUCCAUUGCAUAAUGGGUUAAGUUUUGUCAUCUUUAGUUAAUCUUACACUCCUCACUCUUUAUAUGUAGUUUUCACGUAUAGGCAGAAAACUUUAUGUUAGAAUAUGCACAGAUGAGCAGAUACAUAUAUAUGUGAUAUAGUAAUGAUUUAAAAUAGAAUAAGCUGCACAGACAAAAAAUGACAAAUGCUAAUUUAAUAAAAUGUUGAUUCUUCAUAUGCCUUUGACUCUGGAAACUAAUCCUAUAAAGUUCAUCAUAACUUUCUAAACUGGAGGAAUUUCACAUAACUUCUAAAUAUAUCAUGUAAUUUGCUUUAGUGAAAUGCAUUGAAAUGCAAGGGAGUGCAUUUGAAAUCUCAAAUCAAUACCUAUACUUUUUGGCAGCAAAUGGAUUGUCUUUCCACAGUUCAGUGCUCCUGUGGCAAAUAAAAUAAUACUACAUAUAUAAAGACAUUAAAAUAAGUGGAAUGACUAGGGGAAAAAAUAACAGUGGUAAAAUGAUAAAAUCAAAAAUAAAACAAUAGCAACACCAUUACUCUGAAAGAGUCAACUGGGUUAUUCCUGGGACAGCAUUAAAUUGUCUCAAAGCUCUUUUUUUGCAAAAGGCCAUUUGGUUAUUUCCUUUGAAAACGUUUUGUUUCUCAUCCAAGAAACUUCUUCAAUUCUGAAGAGCCCUGUUGCCUUUUGGAAAAAGCAUCUUUGGGACAGCCAUAACUUGGAUGAUUGAGAAUCUCCAUAGACAUUCAGCUUUAAAUUGUCCUUAGUUUUGGUACACAUUGGUAAAAAGACACUGUGGCUGGCCAGGUGAUCAUCUACAGGGAAUUAGUUUAACAAUCCUUGGAGUCUGCUCUUUAAGAUAUAUACAUCUGUACAUAACAGGUAUGAUAAAAGUGAGUUUUUCAUGUCGGUCCAAUACAACAAAAAUAGUCAUACUAGGAGGUGGCUUUAUGUAGAUUGUGGAUGACAAAAAUUCUCUAGAAAUAGGAAGUGAGAAUGCAAUUUUGGAUCCCCUCUCGAAAGGAAGUGAGAUCUACCUUCUAAAUUUUUGAUUGUCUUCCCAGGACCAUAGCACUUUAGCCUAAGACUACUUUUGAGGAAAAAAUCUGGACCAUCCAUCUUCCUCUCAUACAAAAAUGUACAGAGACAGGUUUUGCAUCCCUAAAUGUUAGUAUAGUUAAUGUAUUACAGCAGUGGUGAAAUACUUUUUCCCCCCUACCAGUUCUGUGGGCAUGGUGUGGCUUGGUGGG